UAAGCUGUUCCAGCUGGCAUAAUUAUCCCUGAAUCAUGACCCCUCACUCCUCCUGCACAUUGGUCUCUGGAGAGCUGAAGACCCCAGAGCGAGCUGGGUGUCACAGAGAUGUGAUGAAACACCAUGCCCUCCAAGAAUAAAGCAGAACUUAUCGCAAGCGAGGGAAGUAGCAUGGAAAAACCAGAGGGCAAUUCUGCAUCACAAGGUGGGUCCCAAGUCAGUGAGCCUGUCUACCUUCCUGAGGUCAGGAGCCAUACAAUGAAAUGCAACAGACUUAAUGAGCAUCAGCACACAUCCCUUGACAGCACAAGUCAAGACCGUCUCAGCCGACCUUCUACCCAUUCUACAGAGACUUCUUGUUCUAACCAUGAGCAUGAACUGAAGUCCAGGCUUUCCCUUUCACCUUCCUCUCAGCACACUGAUGGUCCACUACCUGCAAUCAAACCAUCACCUGAAACCCAACAAUUUAUUAUGCCUCCUGAAAAGAAGAGGGACCCAGACUCAGAAUGGACUUUUUAUCCACGGUUUGGUCUUCACACAUAUCAUAUUGGCAAACGAUGCUUCUUUGAUGGUAUCUUUCUCCGAAACAAAACCUGUGCAUCAGAAAGGAUGUUAGAAAUGUGUUUGGGAAGAAAAAGACAUGAAAUUGAUCAGAGAAAUGGAAUUGCUCUGGUGACCCCGGGUGACAACAGCUACAGCUGUCCAGAACAAAGCAGAAACUUCCACAAAUUUGGAUCAACGAGGCCUGUGGUGAACUUUGGGUGUGCUACAUACAAAAGGAAAGCAGAUACAUUUAUUCCUCUCCGGCACUUGUCAGAGACUCCUUGCAUACCUUUCAACAUGAAGGAGAAACAGGAAGAAUUGGAGACAGAGAUGAACAAUGUGAAAAGUCUAGAAAGAUGGACACCUGCUCCAACAUUGAUUCAGGCCUUUGGUGCCACUGGCCUGGCACACAGAAUCAAACAGCGUGAACCAUAAUGGAAAGUUCUUCCAUUUUGUAAGCCACUCAUAUCUCUUGACGACAUAACAUACAUAUGCAAAUACUUCUGGAUGUGAUUUCUUACUUGGACGGUCCUUGUAAUGUGUUGUAGCAACCACUGUAGAUAGUCUGUUUUCAGACUUUGUAUUGACUUUAGUUCAUGAUCCCACCUGAACAGAACAAAAAUGUGUAGUUAAUGCGAAAGGACAGAGUAGCUUUUUGCCCCACGUCAUGUUACUUUCUUCACAGUGGUUGUUUCCAUGGAAUAAAGUUCUUGUG